UUUGUGGUAACUAGAGACGACCCAACAAUUGCAGAGUUCUGUUAAAUACCCUGGUCAGUGUUGAACCGGCCUAUGGUUCGUCGCGUGACACGGGGGGUGGGGGCAGUCUGGUUCCAAAACGAAUGCUAUCGUUUUUUACCCGCUGCAAACUACGAAAACCCGGGCGCCCAGGCCAGUUUAAGAGAAUCCCCUCAUUCAGUGAAACAUGUUGUUUUAGCAACAAACUACCUCCUUGACAAACAAGAUCAAACCAACUGAGGAAUGGCAGAUAAAGACUUCAGCACAACACUGGCUUACACCAAGAGCCCGAAGGCGUCGAGGAGAACACAUUUUCAGGAUGAGCUGGAGGCAGCUGUUUCUGCUAGAGCAAGUAAAAAGAAGACUGACCAAUACUCCUAUUCGGAUGACUUUGAUGAAGAUGAUGUGUUGAAAGAACUUCUCAAUUCAAGAAAAAAGAGAAUCGAUACCUUCAAGGCUGGAAAGAAAAAAGCCAAGAUCAACGACUUCAACCUGUCGGACGACGAUGAGGAGGAAAGCAAAAGGCCGACGAGAGUUUCGUUCAUGAAGACGCGAAAGGCCACUUCCCCCUUACAAGAUUUGGCGACACCUGACCCACAUAAAAAUGAACAAACAGACGGCUUUAUUGGAGGUAGCAGCGACCAGAAGGAUUCGGACUCCUCACUGCACUAUAAAAACCCUCAUCAAGACUACACAGAAACCUCGGCAUCACAGAACAGUCAAUUGAAAUCUCCUCUUUCCCUACCCUCGCAACCAAGUCAAACAGAAUCCCCAUUACAAUCAACUUCGGAGAACAACAGCCAUUGGGAUUCUCCCUUGCCCCUGCCAUUUAAUGGUGGUCUGUUGGAAACCCCAUUGCCCUUGCCGUCUGAAAAUAGUGUGGAGAGCAAAGAAUCGAGGACUGGAGGAAAAGGAAAGCUAGCUACUCCACUGCCACUCAUCAGAUGCGCAUCCUUGACAGACAGCGUUGUCGAGAAUGAGCCACCCAGACCCAAACCCAGGCAGAGGACCCUGAGGGUGAGCAGUCAAACCGAGGCAGAGCCUGUCGCCGUGGACAAGGAAACUCCUCCUAGCAGACCCCCCACCUCCUCUGUGUCCAUCUCUCUUUCCUCUAUUGACCAGGGUGAAAUGGCCAGCACCCCCACUACUUCAUCUUCUAGCAAAACAUCCGCCAGGAGUCAUAGUCGACAAGGCCCCGUAGGAGACCACUCCAUCUCAUCUAAACUCCGCAAAUCGUCCUCUUCAACCGUAGGUCGGCAGUCAAACUCGCUGUACAAAUCUACUGAUGGCACCUGGAGUAGAGAUGGACAUACUUCAGAAGACAGCAAGGCAAAGGAUGGAAAAUACUCCACAUCAUUUGAAGAAUAUCAAGACGAUUCAGAGGAUCACCCAGAUCAUAUAAGCAGACUCAGCCAUGUGACUGAGAACUCUAUCGACACCAGGCCCUCAAGUUCUCUGACAAAAAGCUCCCGAAAGUCGCAGAGUGUGUGUUCGUACACAGCAGAGUCCAAAUACUUGGGGUCGCUGAAAGUUCUGGAUCGUAAAGUGCAGCUGAAGGAAGCAGAACCCGGAUCUGCAGAUUCUCUCAGGGCGGCCAUAUACCAGGAAUGGCUGAAAAAAAAAAGGGAGAAGUUGCAAGAGACAAUGCAAACAAGGAAAGAGGAACAAACAUUAAAGGAAGAGAAGAGGAGAAAGGAUGAGCAAGCUAAAAUGGACGAUGCCAAGGCCUCUUAUGAGGCUUGGAAAGAAAAGAAAACCGAAGUCAUCAAAGCAAAAGUCAAAGAAAAGCAAGAUGUGAUCAAAAAGAAGCAAAGAGAAAUUUAUGAACAAGAAGAGAAAAAGGAAUCUGCUAAAAAGGUUUUUGAAAAGUGGAAGCAGGGACAUGAUGAACUUCUCAAAGAGAAAUACACGAAACAGAAGGAGGUUGAAAAUAAACUAAAACAGAAGAAAGAAGAGAAGGAAGAGGAGAGAAAGAGAGAUUCCAUAUCUGCCAUUUCUAAUUGGAAUGAAAGGAAGAAGGAUGUUGUCCACGAAAAAGUGAAAACGGAGCGUCGGAAAGAGAAGAUCAAAGAGGAAGAGGAGAGAUACGAAAAAGAAGAGAAGGAUAGGAUGGCCUUGGAGAUGUAUGAAAAAUGGCUGAGAAGGAAAGAACGCCAACAGACAAGACAGAGGAAGGAGAGACAGAUACAAGCUAUUCUACAAGACGAUCCACCGCCCCCUUGGAGUCCACCUAGUAAAACUGUGCCCUUUGGAAAAUAAUCCCUGCACAGCCUAUGGAUUUAUGUCACUAAAUAUGGAGUUUGCCUAUUUAGAUUGUUGUAUGUUUUUAUCAUGACUGAAAUUGUGUUAUUUAUGAAAUUGUACAAAAUUAAAUUGAAUGAUUUUUGGAA